CAGUGCUGCAAGUCUCAUGGGCCAGGAUAGUGUAACCUAAAUGAUACAUGAAGAACACUCACAACAGGGAAGAGGUGAGGAGUGUCCAGGCAGAGAGAAGAGCAUUUGCAGAGGCCCUGGGUGAGAAGAAACCUGCAUCCUUUAAGGACCUAAAUGAAGCCAAGCAGGUAGGGGCUAGAUCACACAUGGGGGCUUUAUGCCCACCUUAAGUAGUUUGGAUCUUUAAAAAAGAAAUGAGACCCCAUAAAGAGGUUUUAAGGAGCGAAUGCCAUUGCUGCCAUGAACAGGUUUCCCUUCCCCAUAGCUGCAGAGCAGGCACAGGGCUGUUUUUGCCCGCCAGGUUGUCCCCACCGUCUUGCCCAGCGCGGGGCCAGCGGCCGGCUCCUACCUACACUUGCUGGCGGGAAGACUGGACGCACUGCGGGACCUGGUGAUGUCCUGGGUUGGGGCUGAGGAAGGCCUGUGCGCGGAGGGUGCGGCCUUCGGCUAAGGCAGAGGACCGGGGUUGGGUCCGUGGCGGCGGGAGGGGUGGCCUCCUGCGCUGGGCUCCCCAGGGGACCUGAGGCGCGACAAACGGCGCGUUUGGUACUCGCGCCUGCAGAGCUUUCAACCUCCGCGCCGGCUGGCCUGUUUCUCGGCCAGGGGAGCAAGGCCACGCGGCCUACGUAGCCGAGUCGGAACCAACCGGUUGUUUGGUGAAACCUCCCCCAGAGCCUCCCGCGGCCCACAGAGCACAGACUGUUUUUGCCAACUAUGGCAUCUGGAGAUGACAGUCCUAUCUUUGAAGAUGAUGAAAGCCCUCCUUACAGCCUAGAAAAAAUGACAGAUCUCGUAGCUGUUUGGGAUGUUGCUUUAAGUGACGGAGUCCACAAGAUUGAAUUUGAACAUGGGACUACCUCAGGCAAAAGAGUAGUAUAUGUAGAUGGAAAGGAAGUGAUAAGAAAAGAGUGGAUGUUCAAAUUAGUGGGCAAAGAAACAUUCUAUGUUGGAGCUACAAGGACAAAAGCGACCAUAAAUAUAGACGCUAUCAGUGGUUUUGCUUAUGAAUAUACUCUGGAAAUUAAUGGGAAAAGUCUCAAGAAGUAUAUGGAGAACAGAUCAAAAACCACCAAUACUUGGGUAUUACACAUGGAUGGUGAGAACUUUAGAAUUGUUUUGGAAAAAGAUACUAUGGAUGUAUGGUGCAAUGGUAAAAAAUUGGAGACAGCGGGUGAGUUUGUAGAUGAUGGGACUGAAACUCACUUCAGUAUCGGGAACCAUGACUGUUACAUAAAGGCUGUCAGUAGUGGGAAGCGGAGAGAAGGGAUUAUUCAUACUCUCAUUGUGGAUAAUAGAGAAAUCCCAGAGAUUGCAAGUUAAUGAAUUUUAAUCUUAAGAAGUAAAGAUCAGGACUUUUUAAUUACUGUGGUAAUUAAAUGU